UCUAAUCACAUCCCAAAAUGGCGAACUUUGCCUAGACCUCUUACAAAGAAAAAAGAAAAGAAAAAUCAGUAUGGAGUCUUCUGUAUCACAAACACUAAGUCAAGUAUUCGAUCCCACGACGACUAUUCUCAUCGUCGUCUCCGUUUUCAUAUUCAUCGGCCUCAUCACACGACGGCGAAGGUCUUACCCACCCGGUCCACGUGGAUGGCCCAUCAUAGGCAAUAUGUUAAUGAUGGAUCAACUCACCCACCGUGGUUUAGCAAACUUAGCUAAGAAAUACGGCGGCUUGUGCCAUCUCCGCAUGGGCUUCCUUCAUAUGUAUGCCGUCUCAUCACCUGAUGUAGCUCGACAAGUCCUCCAAGUCCAAGACAGCAUCUUCUCGAACCGGCCAGCAACGAUAGCUAUUAGUUAUUUGACUUAUGACCGAGCCGACAUGGCGUUCGCUCACUACGGACCGUUUUGGAGACAGAUGAGGAAAGUGUGUGUCAUGAAGGUGUUUAGCCGUAAACGUGCUGAGUCAUGGGCUUCUGUUCGAGAUGAAGUGGACAAAAUGAUCCGGUCGGUAUCUAGUAACGUUGGUAAGUCAAUAAACGUCGGGGAGCAAAUUUUCGCCCUGACCCGAAACAUAACUUACCGAGCAGCGUUCGGGUCAGCUUGUGAAAAGGGACAAGACGAGUUCAUAAGAAUCUUACAAGAGUUCUCUAAGCUUUUUGGAGCCUUCAACGUAGCGGAUUUCAUACCAUAUUUCGGGUGGAUCGAUCCACAAGGGAUAAACAAGCGGCUCGUGAAGGCCCGUAAUGAUCUAGACGGAUUUAUUGACGAUAUCAUCGAUGAACAUAUGAAGAAGAAAGAGAAUCAAAACACUGUUGAUGAUGGAGAUGUUGAUACCGACAUGGUUGAUGAUCUUCUUGCUUUUUACAGCGAAGAGGCCAAAUUAGUGAGCGAGACAACGGAUCUCCAGAAUUCUAUCAAACUUACCCGUGACAAUAUCAAAGCAAUCAUCAUGGACGUUAUGUUCGGCGGAACGGAAACGGUAGCGUCGGCAAUAGAGUGGGCCUUAACGGAGUUAUUACGGAGCCCCGAGGAUCUAAAACGGGUCCAACAAGAACUCGCCGAAGUUGUCGGACUUGACCGGCAUGUGGAAGAAUCAGACAUCGAGAAGUUGACUUUUCUGAAGUGCACACUCAAAGAAACCCUAAGGCUACACCCACCUAUCCCACUCCUCCUCCACGAAACCGCCGAGGACACUGAGAUCGACGGUUACUUCGUUCCCAAGAAGUCACGCGUUAUGAUCAACGCGUUUGCGAUUGGACGUGACCCUAAGUCUUGGCCCGACGCCGAAACGUUUAGACCGUCGAGGUUUUUAGAACCGGGAGUAGCGGAUUUUAAAGGAAGUAACUUCGAGUUUAUACCAUUCGGGUCGGGUCGUAGAUCGUGCCCGGGUAUGCAACUCGGGUUAUACGCACUUGAGUUAGCCGUUGCUCAUAUAUUACAUUGCUUCACAUGGAAAUUACCUGAUGGGAUGAAACCGAGCGAGCUUGACAUGAACGACGUGUUUGGCCUCACGGCUCCUAGAGCCACUCGUCUUUUCGCCGUGCCUAGCACACGCCUGAUUUGUGCUGUUUAAGUUAUGGUUCGUAGCACGUGGCGGGUUAAUAUCAAAGCAAUCAUCAUGGUAUUUUUUUUCGAAAGGUUUGUAUGGGUGUGAGAAGUCAAAUGUAGCACUGAACAUUUGUGGAUGUUAUUAUAUGUGUGAAUGUGUAUCACGUGUGGUCUGGAUGAAAACAUUAAUGCUCUUUUUCGACUUUCCUUUUCUUUUGUUGGGAUUUUUCCUUGAAUGAAAUGUAACUGGUAAAAUCAAUUUUUUUUUUCUACAA